AAAUUGGACGUCAAACUUAUGGAGUCAUGGUUUCUCUUUGACAACUUAAAAAGUGAAAAUAUCUAAUCCAAAUCCAAAGAUAUGGAAGCAAUUCCACCAAACAAGGGAUACAUAAUUUCCUCUUUCCCCAAUCUUGUAGACAGCUCAGAUUUCAAAUCUGAUUUUGCUUGGGGUGCUGCCACUUCUGCUUAUCAGAUUGAAGGUGCUGCAUCUGAAGGUGGUAGAGGUCCAUGCAUUUGGGAUAUCUUCUGCAAGAAGCACCCUGAUGCCAUCGUUAAUGGUGAUAAUGGAAACAAUGGUACCGAGGCUUAUUAUAAGUACAAGGAGGAUGUGCAAAUGAUAAAGAAAAUGGGUGUAAAUUCCUAUAGAUUCUCAAUUUCAUGGAGUAGAAUACUCCCAGGUGGAAAACUAAGCAAGGGCAUCAACAAGGAAGGUGUUGAUUACUACAAUAACCUGAUCAAUGAGCUCAUAAGCAAUGGAAUUACACCAUAUAUCACUCUCUUCCAUUGGGACACUCCCGAAGCCCUGGAAGAAGAAUACAUGGGCUUCUUAAAUGAAAAGAUAAUAUAUGACUUUAUGAGUUAUGCGGGAUUUUGCUUCAUGGAGUUUGGUGAUCGGGUUAAGAAUUGGAUCACAAUAAAUGAACCACAAGCUUAUGCUUCGAAUGGAUACGCUAGUGGCACUUAUGCACCUGGCAGAGGAAAGAAAAAUGGUGCUGGGAAUCCUGGCACUGAGCCGUACAUUGUGGGCCACAACCUACUCCUUUCUCAUGCUGCUAUCGUGGACCUAUACCGCCAAAGGUUUCAGGAAAGCCAAGGGGGUAAGAUUGGGAUAACGUUGAAUACAUACUUUUUCGAGCCACUUAAUUCUGAGAAGCAGGAGGACAAGGAUGCAGCCAUCAGAGCCUUAGACUUUAUGUUUGGAUGGUUCAUGGAGCCAUGCUUUAGUGGAAAAUACCCGGACAUUAUGAUAAAAAAUGUUACAGGUGGUCGUUUGCCUGAAUUCACAGAAGAGCAAGCCAAGUUACUCAAGGGUUCUUACGAUUUUAUUGGGUUCAAUUACUAUUCUUCGUAUUACGCCACCACUUUAAAUCCAAGUCAAGAGCCAUCCUACUUGACAGAUAGCCUUGUUGAUAAGCGACCAGAGGGUCUUGAUGGGAAACUUAUCGGUCCAAAGGCGGCUGGUGACUGGUUGUAUUCCUAUCCACCUGGAUUUUACAAAGUGCUGAUGCACAUAAAACAUACUUAUGGAGAUCCAGUGAUUCUGAUAACAGAAAAUGGGUGGUCUGAAGAAAAUCGCAACGAUAUUGAAAUUGAAGUAGCAUGUGCUGAUAUUGAACGUAUUGAUUAUCACCAUUCACAUCUUCAAUAUCUCCGAGAUGCAAUUAGGGAUGGCGUUAGAGUAGUGGGGUACUUUGCAUGGUCAUUAAUGGAUAAUUUUGAGUGGAAAGAUGGAUAUUCUGUUCGGUUUGGUUUGUUUUAUGUAGAUUACAAUGAUGGAAAAUACACAAGGUACCCAAAGAACUCUGCAAUAUGGUUUAUGAAUUUUCUUGAAAACCACAAGAAAGUAUCUGAACAGAAGAAGCUUCAUGAAGGUGAUACAAAGAAGCUAAAAAAUACAUAUAGGGUUAACGAGCAAAAAAAAUUGUAUGUUUGGUACUUUUAUACCAUUUUCUUCCUGUCCGUGCUUGUUGCUUCAUACAUCCUAUAUAACUUUGAUGUGCUUUUUGGCUAGUUGUCAGUUGACUAUUAUUUUGGAUUAUUUUGUGAGUAUGUUAUGUUCUUACUUGAUAAUAAUAAUAAUAAUAAUAAGUACUUGUAUA